AAAUAAAGACAUUCAGAUUAACUUUUACAAUCGUUCUGAAACCACUAUGAGUUUCCAAGACAAAGUAGUAAUUGUAACUGGCGCCAGUUCUGGCAUUGGAGCUGCCACUGCCAUCAAAUUUGCGGAAGAAGGAGCUAAAGUAGUAUUAGUGGGCAGAAAUCAAGAGAAACUAAACAACGUCUCGAAAAAAUGCGGUAACCCAUUAAUUAUCGCUGCCGACGUAUCUAAAGAUGAAGACGCCAAAAGAGUUAUUGAAGAAACCUUAAGGUAUUUUGGAAGUAUCGAUGUCUUAGUAAAUAACGCUGGUAUAGGAAGUAGAACAAAUAUCCUAGAUAAAGAUGUUAUACCAGUUUUUGAUCGGAUAAUGUCUACGAACCUGCGCGCAGUAGUUGUCCUGACGCACCUCGCUGCACCACAUCUAGUGAAAACAAAAGGUAACAUUGUGAAUGUAUCGAGCGUCGCUGGGUAUCGAGUAUUUCAAGAAAAUGUCGCUUACUGCGCGUCAAAGGCUGGACUAGAUCACUUCACUAGAGCUGUGGCACUGGAACUAGCCCCACACGGUGUUCGUGUUAACGUUAUUAAUCCAGGGCCCGUAAGAACAGAUAUUGUUGAAAAUAUGGGAGCUACAAAGGAAAUAGUAGAAGCAACUUUCGAACGUUUGCGGAGUAUGACUGCACUCUCAAGAGUUUCAGAUUCUGACGAAGUCGCCGAUCUGAUUUUGUUUAUAGCCAGUGAUAAAUCUAAGGCCAUCACAGGAUCAUCUAUUGUAACGGACAAUGGAACUCUGUUGAAAGGUAAUAGCAUGUCUCCGUUAGAAGGGUAAGCGCACAGCCUAAAAGUCAAAGACGCGAUAUGCGUUACUUCGGGUAAAUAAACUUUCCAUUUUUAAUA